AAACCAAAUACGUCUGUGGAAGUAUCCUGGCAUAACACUUGCAAGCCUCACUCAGCCAGAGUUCUGUACAGUGUUCUGAAUGUUCAUGAAUACAACGAAACAGAAGAUGGUCUGGAGAAUGCCAACAAAGUAACAAUCUGGAGUCUGACCUGGACAGUUGGAGUAGACUCAUCACGCUUCAACUUUCUCCGAAUUCUGGGAAUCGGCAGGUUUGGAACCGUGUUCCAGGUUCAGAAGAAGGGCGGUGUGGAUGACGCCCAAUUUUAUGCUAUGAAGGUGUUAAAAAAAGCUGCAAUUAUUAAAAAUACCUCAUCAAAAUACGUUAUGGCAGAGCGUCGUGUGUUGGAGGCGGUGCGUCAUCAUCCUUUCCUUACCACCCUCCAUUACGCUUUCCAAAGUGACUCUAAAUUAUACCUUGCUCUAGAUUACGUAUGUAGAGGGGACCUAUUUACCCAUUACAACAGCAGAAAAUUAGCAGAGACUGAUAUUAAAUUUUACAUCGGUGAGACAAUUCUGGCAUUGGAAUACCUUCACAAGAUGGGUAUCAUCCAUCGUGAUGUUAAGCUGGAGAACAUUUUACUGGACUUCGACAGACAUGCAAUCCUUUCAGACUUCAGUCUCAGCAGGAUGUUCUUUCCACACGAGAAGCAUAGAGCACACGCAGUGUGUGGUACAUUCACAUACAUGGCUCCAGAGGAGAACAGCUCAAUUCUGGUGCUGUAUACUGCCAUCUGUUUAGUUCUCAGUUAUUCCACUUGUUUUUGUAAUUUUAUAUUGUAGUACUAAAUUUAAAUUUAUUAU